AUGACUGAAGUAACUUUAAGUUAUGUGAAUAUUAUAAUAAAAAAUUUGAAUCAUCUUAGACCAGAGAAACCAAUGAUGACACACGAUGAAAUGACAGAUGGUAUCGUCCAUUCCUCUAAUGAAGUUGAUCUUGCAAACUAGGUGUCUAGAGGGUUCCGAAGUCCAUAACAAUUCAUAGGAACAUCAAAUGUCGCUUCGAGAAGAGUUAUCAAAAAAGUGGUUCGUAACGUUGUCCAAAGGCUAGAGAAAUGUGGCCUUGUUAAGAUCAAUGACUACAACCGGUGUGAUUUGAAUUUAUGGAAAAACAGAGUCACGAAGGUUAGUAAAGUAUGCGAAGAAAUUGUGGAAGAUAGAGAUGAGCUUGAGAAAGAUUUCUUUUUUUUUCAACAAAACCAUGCUAAAUUAGCUACAGAGAACGGUAAACUAGAGAAGAAGAUAGCUGAGUUGGAAGAGAAACUAGAUUGCAAUAUGAGAGAUAAGGAGGGAACGAUAAAGUCAUCAUUGAGAAUUAGUAGAACUGUGUGCUAA